UUGCGUGUGGCGAGCGCUGGCAACACGUAGCCGGAUAGCGCGAGUGUAUCGCUUAGCGAUGCAGUUGUGGCUAUCUAGCGAUGUCUGAGGGAAGCGCGGCUCGCCUCCUGCCUCUAGGAUCGACAAAACCCGCUGCAACCCUGUUUACAUACCGCAAGAUGGCAAACCUCGCCCCUCUGGCGGUGGUGGUUCUGCUAGUGACUGUCGCGACCCUCUUCGUCAAGAAUCAUAACCUCAACUUGGAGGUGGAGAACAGCGUCCUCGCCCACGGGAUAGCCAAGAAAACACUCCAGGAGAACCUGAACCGGGAGAUGAAUCGGUACAUGAUGGUCAAGAGACAGAUGAACGAGGCCAACCUGAGGUUCAACGAUCUCUCCUCCAAAUACAAGGCGGCCAACGAUAACAUCAUGCAACUCAAGUCGACAGUGGAGGAGAGGAACAAGAUUGUGGAGUCCAUUAACGAGGAGAACAGGAAGCUGCAAGCCGCCUUGGAGGAAAAGAAAAUUAACUUCAUGGAGAAUGAGGAGAAGUUGAAAAUAGCCGAAGAGGAGCUGCCCAAGUUGAGAAACAGUCUCAGGAAAGCAAAAGAGGAGUUACAGAGUGCAAGAGCAGAUUCUGCCAACACUGUUGCCUCUUUGGAGAAAUUCAGAGACAAGUAUAGACGGCUAAUGGAAGAGAAAGAAAAACUGGCAGAGGCUUUUGGUGUUCAAAAUAACAUAUUGCCGCAUAAUAACCAUCAGACAAGAAAACUAUAUUCAGAAAGGUCAGAAAAUGAAGCCAUUGACCCACAGGAUACUCGCAAUGAAAAUGUACAGGAAAGAAAAAGUGCCGAAGAUAAAGACGCCGAAGAACAGAAAGGUGCCGAAGACAGGAAAGGUGCCGAAGACAGGAAAGGUGCCGAAGAAAGGAAAGGUGCCGAAGAAAGAAAAGGUGCCGAAGAAAGAAAAGGUGCCGAAGAAAGAAAAGGUGCCGAAGAAAAAGUCGCCGAAGAACAGAAAGGUGCCGAAGAAAAAGUCGCCGAAGAACAGAAAGGUGCCGAAGAAAAAGUCGCCGAAGAACAGAAAGGUGCCGAAGAAAAGAAAGCUGCACCACUUAAGCAGGAUAACCCAGCAGAGAGAACUGUGCUGGAAAACCCUAAAGUUGCUAAUUCCAAUAACGACCAGCACACAGCUGGGCAGGUUAAGAUCACCACCAACAAGGCUCAACAGAAAGCCGGACAAGUUGAGGCCAAUAACCAGGAUCAACAAAGCGCUGGACACGAUGCGACCCCCCGGAACAAGACCAAAGGACAGAAAGACACACCGCCAGAAGAGGAAAUAAAUGGAGAUUCACGAGAGAGAGCACACACAAAACCAGAUGCCACGUCUAAUAAAGCUGAUGAAGUCAUGAAAGAAGGAAACGUCGAAGCCUCGAAUAAGGAAGGCGCUGCGGAACACAAGAACAACAAAAGUUCUAAAACAGCAAAAGUUAUACGGGAAACAGGUGAACGUAAUGAAAAAGCAGACGACAGAGAAUAUGACGCAGGUGAACAAAAAGAAGCGAAUUAUCCCGAAUAUAGAGAUGAAAGGGAAACUGAGAAUGAAGAGUUGCCACAAUCUUCAAAAGUCAUCGAGAUAACGAGGCAGUAAGCAGCAGGUUCAUCAUAUAAUUCAUGCCUCGUACCCUCAGCCUCCUUCACAUACUGCAUUUAGAUAAUUAUUAUUUAUAUGUAUUUAUAUGUUCAUUAUGAGGUGUCUCACUGUAUUGUAAACCUGGCAGAGGCGCACGGCCACGACCCUGCCCUCCCCAGGGCCACGACCCUGCCCUCCCCAGGGCCACGACCCUGCCCUCCACCCAAGGGGCCACGACCCUGCCCUCCACCCCAGGGGCCACGACCCUGCCCUCCCCAGGGCCACGACCCUGCCCUCCCCAGGGCCACGACCCCGCCCUCCACCCAAGGGGCCACGACCCUGCCCUCCCCAGGGCCACGACCCUGCCCUCCACCCCAGGGCCACGACCCUGCCCUCCACCCAAGGGCCACGACCCUGCACCUCAGGGCCACGACCACCAUGUAGGGGACACCUCUACCCCACACCAUAGCUACCAGCCUAGUCUAUUAUGCUCUGGCAGAUGUUUUCAUCCAAGUAUUAUUAUUCAAAAAUUGGUGUUAUAUGAUUGUUAUUUUGUUAUUGUUCAAUUACUUGACUUUUGUUCAUGAGUUCAUCAAUUCAUACUCUUCCACAUUAUCAUUCUAAACACAAUAGUGAGUAUAAUUUAAACUUUAUUGAUUACUAUUGAUUGACAUCAACUCUGAUGUAUACUCGUAAGAGUUCCAAGAUGAGUAGAGCGGCUCGAACACACUUUACACCAAGAGGAAUCCCCGUCUCCUUACAUCGUGGGUGCUCACCUAUUUGUGCUUGCAGGGGUUGAGCUUUGGCUCUUUGGGCCCACCUCUCAACUCUUCAAGUGUGUGCGUGUGUGUGUGUGUCCCCAAUACUAACAUCACACUUUUCACAACUCAUCUGACCAAUAGUUUGUAAAUUUGUGAAAAAUUUACUAGUAAUAGCCAGUUAUUUUUAUACCGCAGCUGCAUACAAAAAUGGCAGCAGAUGUAUACAAAAAAAUUGCAUCAUUUGCAUACAAGAAAGCUUUCAUUUGCAUGCAGCUUCCCGGUCGGCCGAGCGGACAGCACGCUGGACUGUGAUCCUGUGGUCCCGGGUUCGAUCCCGGGCGCCGGCGAGAAACAAUGGGCAGAGUUUCUUUCACCCUAUGCCCCUGUGACCUAGCAGUAAAUAGGUACCUGGGUAUUAGUCAGCUGUCACGGGCUGUUUCCUGGGGGUGGAGGCCUGGUCGAGGACCGGGCCGCGGGGACACUAAAGCCCCGAAAUCAUCUCAAGAUAACCUUCCCACACAGCAGAGAAAUAGUCUCCGGAAGCGGAGCAUUUUAGCCCCCUCCAGCACCAACGGGCCUCAUACAACAUGUCCCGCUAAUCAGCUCGGCCGAUGAUGCUUGAAGAUGCAGUUAAUAAACACAUUGAGCCAAUAUGAACAAGCUUCGUCAACUGCUAUCUCGUUAGGUUUAAGUUGACUUCAUUUCGUCGUUGAGAGAAACCUCGCGUAAGACUAUCGUACCAAGAUUAUCUACAUAUUUCCACUUGACCCCCCUUCGAGUCUCACUUCUAGACCUCUGUCGAUAUUUCUGACAUGCAUUGUAUCUUUCUCCUCGACUUCCUUUUCCACCCUUCCCUUCUCCACCCAUCCCACAACCCUCUGUCCCGCCCCUCCCCACCCUGGGAGAAAUCUCCUAUUUCCUAUAUAUUAUCUAUACGUCAUUCCUGAAGCUGAUUUAAUCUUCUACAGCUUCUUUUCUUCUUUCCUACAGAUCUUAUUUAGUGGCUAAACAAAGUUCGUUCCUGGUGCCUCUACGAAUUGUUUACUAAAACACCUGACUGUUCUUUCUUUAUUUCCCAGAACCCACACUUCUUUUCCUUGGCCGUGGUUCAUUCCUAGAGCUCCUACGUAUGUCUUGUAACAUCUGCUGUAUUCCUAGAGUUUCAAGUUCCUUACCAAAGCAUCAUUUGCCUUCUCCGGAGCUCCAUCCUUCCUAGUUCCUAGUUCUUCUCUAGACAUGCUGCUAUUAUCAUAGAAGCGUCUACUUUCAUCUAAGUUCUGUUUUCUAAAAGUUCCUAGCCAACAGAGCCUUCUGACUGGGGAGGAACUACUAUUUUUUUUUUAAGCCCACUUCACCCACGAGGACAGUUAAGCUAGUCAUCGAUUGUUAACACGAACAAAUCUCUAACUGCCAGCAGGUCAAUGCUGGCUAGGCCUACGACCGAUAACAGUUAACUAGUUUUAUUUAACUUAUCUCUUUAGCAAUGUUAGCAAGCGGCAGGUCACUGUAAUAUUGACUAUUUUGUACACUAAUAUAUAUUUAUGGUGCGUUACCUUGAUCUUGUUCAGUGUUCACAUAGGAUUUGCUGCUGUUUUAUGUUAUACAAUAAAGAUAAACAAAGUGA